UCAAAGCUUCAAACACAUUCAAUACAAAUAAUCAACUCAUUUACCAUUUUUGUAAGUAGAUUGCUACAUGUUGAAUGUGUUAAUUAAGCGCUAAUUUUUAUAAUUAAAUUGCCAAAAUUUUCGUGACACGCAAGUUUUAGAAGAAUUGUAAGAUAUGUUGAGAUUUGAAAUUGUUUCAUCAAGAACAGUGGAAGGCGAAGAUAAAGACAAAAAGUUUGUAGCAUAUAUGUUACAAGUGCGACAAGAUGUUUCUGACUCAAUGGUGUUUGAUCCUGACCCUGCUAAUGUGGAGCGACGGUAUACAGACUUUUUGUGUCUUUAUAAUGGGUUGAAGAAGGAUUUUCCAGCUUUAUUGAACAAUGUAACAUUUCCAAGAAAGAUUAUAAUGGGAAACUUUGACCCUAAUUUGAUAUCAACCAGAUGUUCAGCAUUUGAGUCAUUGUUGAGUUUAAUAGCCAAUGAGUCACGGCUCAGGGAUUCACCUGCGUCAAUUGAAUUUUUCCAAGAAGUUGAACUGAAAGAAGCCAAGAGACUGAUAGAUGAAGGCAAGUUUGAUCAAGCACUAUCAGUCUUGGAGAGCAGUUUUAAAUUAUUGAAUAAGGUGUAUACAGACAGAUCUCGCGUGGUGCUGAGCGUGCUGUGCCGCAUGGUGGCGGUGGCGGGCGCGAGCGGCGGCGCGCUGGCCGGGCCCGUGGAGCGCUGGGCUCAGCUGGCACUCAAGCGAUACCAAGCUGUCAGUGAUUCUGAUCUGUUGCUUAUAUAUGUACCGCUGCUGUAUACUUGUAUAUCUAUUUGGGAAACACUAGGAAGGGAUAAAUCUAAAUUAAUUGAAGAGUUAAAUGGUCUCCGCAAACGAGGUAUGAAGGUGGAUUCUGUUCCGAGUCUCAUGGAAGCCGUUGACAAUUUAAUUAUUAUUUAAUGUGAUCAUUUAUUAUAUCGCUUUAUGUGUAAUCAAAUUUAAAAGAAUAAUGUGAUAUUUAGAACCUGCUUAUACUUAUUAAGUCAUUACUUUAUAUUUCUAACCUAAAAUAUUGAGUCAAUUAACUUUAUCCAAUGUUUUUGGGUUUUUAUUGCGUUUAAUGCUUUAAUAUUUAAUCAUGUUUUAUUUCUAGUAUUUAAUGUAUUUUUAGCCUUUUAAUAUUUUAACAAAAGUAAUGACAGCUUUUUUUUAAGGACUUAUAAUAGCCUUAUUUCCAAUAACUAUUGUUGCAACUAAAGAAUUUCUCAAUGCUUAGUAUAUGUGCCUAAACCUAAGAUGUAAGAUUAGUGAUUAUUUAAUAUAAGAGUAAAUAUUUUGAAACCCAUUUACGUGAUAUGUAAAAUAUCUGUUAAGUAUUAAAGGUACAAUUGAUAUUAAAAAAACGUUCUCAUUGUGUGUUGCCAGUUUUUCUCGAAAAAGUUAGGAUGAAUAAUUUAAAACUUUGUCUGCAAUUUUUUUUUGAACUAUCUAGUCAUCUACUUUUGAGAAAUGGCUAUUAUUUAAUAAUUGAUAUAUUUAUUAUACUAUUAAGUAAACAGUAAUAAUGAUUAAUCAGAAGAAACAGGAGUUUAAAAAAGACAACAUAAUAUUUACACAUUUUAAUUGUCUUCAAUAUAAUUUUAAUGGCAUGUGAUUGAUAUUUGAAAAGAACAUGCAAUAAUUUAAUGAAAUAUCUAUUUUUAAAAGAUCUUUAGGACUAAAAGUAAAGAGAUAAGUAUGUUUUGAAAUCAUUCUAUUGUUUUUAAAUAUACAUUUGAAUAUGUACUUUUAUAUCUUAGCCGAAAUUUUGUUUGAAAUAUGUGUAGAACAAUAUGUAUUAUUUGAAGAUCUCUUAUAUUCUGUAAAAAUGGGCACAAGUUUAUUUUAUAGCUGUUGCUUGCGACUUCGCCGGCGUGAGUGAAUGAGAGGCAACAAAUUUAGAAAAACAUUUAAAAUUUAGCAAAAUGGAUCUGAUUCCUGUAGUGUAGGUUAACAUCAUCCACUUGCCCUUAUCCCUUAUGGAGGGUCGGCACAGUAUGUGCUGCUCUUCCAUACAUCUCUAUCAGCCGUC